CACACAGUGGUGGUGUUGUUGUUAUUGUCGAAUGUGCCCGAGUGCUUCUUGUGUGUUGUGCUUGUGCACCACUGCCUAUGCAGCAGCAGCAGCGGCGGCGGCGGCGGCGGUAGCAUCGCCAGAUGAUGUUUAAUACGCGGAGACUGACAAACACCGCACAGCGCCUUGCUCACCCCACCCCUUCUCCCGCCCCUCGCCACCCAACGGUAUCCAUCGCACGCAUGCGCGAAGCUGCACAAGGGCAGGCAGUGUGCGACACUCCUAGCCAUCACACAGCCCGCCACCAACACCGCCCCAUCAGCAGCCACCAUCACACAUAGCUAACUAAUCACCAUCACCGCACCAUCACCAGCCACCAUCACCAUCACACAGUACGAGCUAGCCACCACCACCACCACCGCACCAUCAUCACUCUCACAUCGCUGUCACCACCACACACUAUCAGCCGUCACCACCAUCGCACCAUUACCACAACCAGCCCUUCAUUCAUUCAUCCGUUAUCGGAGCAGCGGACACGCGCUAAUCGGCAGACGCAGACCUUGGUGGGGGGGAGAAGCCGGGGAGGGUGAAAGGGGGGGUGGGGGGGGUCUGCAACGGAGAUCACGCCGAGAGGAUCACGCCGAGAGGAUCACGCCGAGGGGACCCGGGGAGGGAGCAGGAGCAGGAGGAGGCGAUGGACUCGAGGACCCCUGGGCGAGGGGACGCCCCUGGGCACGCGCCCCCGCGCUACGGAGUGCGCUCCUACCUGCACCAGUUCUACGACGACUGCACGGGCGGAGGCGGCGCCACCGCCUGGGACGGAGCGGCCCACGGCGGCGGCGGCGGCAGGAGGAGCAGCCACGCGGGCAAGGGCUCCUCGGGGGGGCGGGCCGCCGGCUGGCACGUCACGCUGUGGAAGCUGUGCCUGCUGACCGGCGUGCUGGUGACGAUGACCGGCGCGGCGCUGCUGGUGGCCGGGCGCGUGGUGCCGGCGCGCAUCGAGGAGUUCGGCAAGGACGACUUCUUCAUGGUGGACAGUCGCGCCGUCGCCUUCAACCGCGUGCUUGACACGUGCCGCCUGGCGGGCGCGGCGCUCUUCUGCCUGGGCGGCGCCGUGGCGGCCGCCUGCUGCCUGGGCUGGCUGCUGGCGCGCUGCGGGGCCGCGAGGGGACGCGCCGGGGCCCGGCACGACUACCGCUACCGACACCGCGGUCACCGCGGUGACGACGACGACGACGGUGCUGAUGAUGAUGAUGAUUGUGACGCUGCUGAUGAUGAUGAUGAUUGUGAUGACGAUGGUGAUGACGCGCCAGCUGCUGCUGCUGCUGCUCCUGUUGCUGCUGCCACCGCCGAUGAAUGUCAGCGAUUUGGCAAGAAGAUGAAAAAGCGUCGCGCUGAUGGUGGUGAUGGUGAUGGUGGUGGCGGUGAUGGUGGUGAUGGUGAUGGCGGCAGGCAGGACACGGCGGUGAAGAAGGAGCCUACACGGGGCGUCACUCUCCAUCCCAGCUCAGCCACGGCUCGUUCCGCACCCCCCUGCCCCCCCUCCCCCUCCGCCUCUCUCUCCGCUCCCGGCCACGUGAUGGUGCCUUGCUCCCUCGCACGCGUUCACAACGUCCAGCCAGCGUCUUAGACACCUCGUGAGGUCGACUAGCGGGGAGGGGGGGUGGGGGUGAGGUUGACUAGCUGGGGGGGGAAGGUUGACUCGCUGGGGGGGGGGGGGGGUGAGGUUGACUAGGAAGGGGGGGGGGAGGUUGACUAGGUGGGGGGGGUGAGGUUGACUAGCUGGGGGGGGGGGGGGGAUGUGCGCGUGGUUCUUCUAGGCCCCAGGUCUCUCUCCCUGGGGUCUCAAUUCCGUGUUCUCACCUCCCCGUGCGCUACACAGGGUCCCGAGGCCUUCAACGCCGACUCACGCUCACUCACGAGCCGUUACUCACGAGCCGUUACUCACGAGCCGUCACUCACGAGCCGUUACUAAGGAGCCGUCACUAAGGAGCCGUCACUAAGGAGCCGUCACUAAGGAGCCGUUACUAAGGAGCCGUCACUAAGGAGCCGUUGCUAAGGAGCCGUCGCUAAGGAGCCGUUACUAAGGAGCCGUCACUCACGAGCCGUUGCUAAGGAACCGUCGCUAAGGAGCCGUUACUAAGGAGCCGUCGCACCAAGCAGACACGUGACCAUCCGUUGAUCCACACCGGUUCCCCUCCGCUCUGGCGACGCGCGCGAGUCCACGAGUGGCGAUUCGCGAUCGGAGUGCGCCAGAGCGAGGCGGCGCGGAACAAGCGAGACGCAACACCACAGACGAGACGUUACUCGCUAGGAUUGCCAUGUACAUCCUAAACAUCUGCGGGGUUAUUUUUCAGACGUGCCAAGCUGUUGGGACCGAGUCUGGCCCACAAUAACCACGCUCUCCUCGGAUGGCGUCAAGGGCGGUCUUUAGCAUCCACCGAGUAAAUCCAACGGCGUUCAGGAGUAGUUGUACGGUUGUAACACACACACAGCGCAGUAUUAACCAGGGUGGCCUGCCGGAUUCUGACCGCAAGCCCUCUGCUUCUCCCGCCAGGCUGCGAUGGGGUUGAUGGGCUGGUAGGAAGGGCGCAGUCUGCAGACUUGGCAGGGUGUCUGUGGGAGCUCGCCAACACCACAGCAGCCCCACGAGCCGGGCGAAUAGGUUCGGUUAAAAUUAGAGUUGGUCGCGGGUUUUUUUGGGUCGCUUUCGAUAUUCAACGUUUACACUUUUUGUGACGCCACAGCCCUCGGAGUCGUCGCUCUAAAGCGGCUUCCUGCUGCUUCACACAGACUCCUGCUGCCUCACACAGCCUCCAGCUGCUUCACACAGACACCUGCUGCCUCAUACUGACCCACACACCCACCCACUCUGCCUCGGUCGCUCGCUCACUCACAGACCGACUAAAGAUCCCUCCGUAUAGGCAGACUGUAGGGGCAAGUGCUGUUAGCGAGCACCUACGAAGGCCGGAACGCCACACGAGGGAGUGGGUGGCCAGCACCACGCCCGGCCGCCUUGGUCUCCCUAGUGCCGACGUUUACACGCCGCACUAGGUACUCAUUUGAGGCCGAGUCGACCUAGGGGUAGCCCAGGACCGGUUCAGAUAAUUAUCCAUAAUCGUCACCGGUUUUGGCCGUGAGCGGGAAUCGAAUUCGGGGCGCCAGGUUGGUAGCGCACACACUCACCCAUGUAGUCACCCGCUCACCUCAACCACUCACUCAAAUCAUUUACUCAACCACUCCUCGCACAACCUCUUACUCCCAGGGUCUCCACCUUUCCCACAGAACCACAGCGGCACACGUGGACGAGUGGGCCCACGUCUAUGAAACCUGUGCGCAGUCUCCUGCGAUAGCGUCCAGUACUGCACUGGCAGCGCGUCUCGGUACCGAUCGACCCGUGACCGCUCACACGGAUGACAAAUCAAUUCCCGCACCGUCCGGGGUCAAACGCGGGUCAACCCGUACGGCCAGGUGGUAGCAGCAGCAGCUCUGAUGAAACAUUCAACGGGGGGAGGGGCAGUGGUGGUAGGGAGGGAGGGGGGGGAGGAAUGAUUGAGAAAGGGUCGUGAUUGGUCCGUUUGGGUCUCUAUGUAAUUGGCGAGCCGAGUCGCUCCAGAGGCCUUGUGUGAUUCGUGCUUUUGCUGUGAACAUGGUCGCAAUAAAAACGACGU